AUGACACUCCUAAGUCCAGGGGAUGUUGAAUAUCCGGAGGCUGGUAGCAAUGUCCAGCUGGAAUUGUUGGAGCCCAUCGAACCAGCUGUUCGCAAAAGAAAGCAUGCACCGCAGUAUUCAGAUCGUGCCGAAUCCGUCAGUUCAUUAACAUCGCUGGAGUCUGCAACCGGCGACGUUGACAAGGUUGUUCAUCAUGUGGCCUCUGUGUCGCAGACGACUGCAACUGCGGCCAUCAGCCAGUUACAGUUUUUGUUUGGUGAUCCCAGUAAUUUUCGUUACGUGGCGGACCGAACUGAUGCAGUAGUCCAAGCGAUUGUUACACAAUCUUCAAUUAUACGCAGCCGUCAUUUGGAUGAUGUCGGCAACUUGGAUGAACUAAAUGAACUCGUCCGAACAAUAUGCCAUUUCUUGAGCUCCCUUGUAAAGGAGGAGACUACGUGCUCACGGAUAUCCUCCGAAGCACUGAAGAUGCUCAUACAAGAAUUUCUGUAUCUUUUGAAAGAUGAACGAAUGGAGCGAUUAAAAGACAUUGAAUCCAUAUUUCGUUCACUGAAUUAUUUGUCGAUUCGAAUUUGCGAUAAUGCAGAUCCAACUGCGUGUUUCCUGGCUCUUUGUUCGAUGCUAACUUCUGCCUUGCAUGAUCCACGCAACAAAACUGUCACACUUAUAAAUAAGUGUAUUUACAAACAGUCCGAGCAGUUCCUCAACGACAUACCGUUAAAUUUGGAUGAAAUCGUGAAAGCUAUACAUGAUUUUAUGCAAGAAUUCCAGCCUUGUCAGGAAGAAAAUGCGAGUAUCAGAGAGUCAAUACACACAAUGGAGCUGUGCAUACAGCGCUUGGUUGCAGGAACGAAAUCGUCGGUAAUACAGCACAUUGGCGAAAUAAAAGAUCCUGAUUCAAGUGAAGCUGUACUUUACAUGAGGAAAUGUGUUCGCAGUUUUCAGACCAAAAGCAAUCAAAGCAGUUUAGCAUCGUCCACUUAUGGAGAAUUACCCGGACAGGGCUUGAGAAGGCUUCAGAUAUUUUUAAAGCUGAAUCCUGAUGCUCGAAAAAUUUUCGACGAAGAAAUGAAAAAGUGCUCUCGCAUGCGGGGCCGUAGAACUAAACGUCCUACAUACAAGGUGAGCAUUAGUGACCAGUUUGCUUUUGCUUGGCCUCAAGAAUGGGCGCAUUACAUAUUGCUGAAAGGGAGUGUUCGUUUCUGA